AUGCAGAGCCUCGGCAAGGAGAACCACAGCUUUGUAUCUGAGUUCAUCCUCCUUGGUUUCUCCAGUGAGUCACAGGUCAGAAUAGCCCUGUUCUCCUUCUUCCUUCUCCUCUACCUCAUCAUUCUUCUGGGCAAUGGACUCAUCAUCACCCUGAUCUACAUGGACUCACACCUCCACACACCCAUGUACUUCUUUCUCAGCAUCCUCUCCUUGGUGGACAUGAGCUAUGUCACUACCACCAUGCCCCAGAUGUUGAUUAAUAUGGUGUGUCCAAAGAAAACCAUCUCCUGGGGAGCUUGUGUAGCCCAAAUGUUCAUCUUCUUGGUCCUGGGCAUUGCUGAGUGUGUGCUCUAUGCCAUUAUGGCCUAUGACAGGUAUGUGGCCAUUUGCUUCCCCCUUCACUAUCCUUUGCUCAUGGGCCGCUCCAUUUGUAUCAAGAUGGUCACAGGCUGUUGGGCCAUUAGCAUAGCUGGGGCCCUGAUCUACACUGUCUUCACCAUGCGUCUGCCUUAUUGUGGCCCCUACAAGAUAAACCACUUCUUUUGUGAGGUCCCUGCCGUCCUAAAGUUGGCCUGUGCAGACACAUCCUUCAAUGACCAUUUGGACUUCAUCUUGGGUUUCACCCUGCUCUUGGUCCCAUUCUCCCUCAUCCUGGUCUCUUAUGUCUGCAUCUUUGCCUCCAUCUUAAGAAUCCACUCAUCCCACGGGAGGCUCAAGUCUUUCUCCACAUGUGCCUCCCACAUUACUGUGGUCAUUAUGUUCUAUGGGCCAGCCAUGAUAAUGUACAUGAGGCCUGGCUCCUGGUAUGACCCAAAGCGGGACAAGAAGCUAGCUCUGUUCUACAAUGUUGUCUCUGCCUUCCUCAACCCCAUCAUCUACAGCCUCCGGAACAAAGAUGUAAAGGGGGCCUUUCUGAAUGUAUUUGGUAACAGAAGGGCAUCUCAGUGA